UAACCUACAUUUUGCUGCGGUGUUGCCGAGUUCCCGGAUCGCGGCGUAUCACGUUUAAAGGGCAAAGGGGAACGAUUCGCUUCGUCACGGAACUCUCGAGUUUAUGUAUAAUGGCAAGUUCUUUCUAUUUGCGUUUUAGCAAGUGAGAUUCUCGCGUCAUAUCCGAUCGUGACGGGAAACCGCGACAUCUCGUCGCCACGAAUACGAGAGUCAUGUAACUAGACUAUGACAGCGAUGGAUUCCGAUUCUGAGAGUCAAGAUAGCGAUGACGGACGGCGAUUUCGUUUCGAAGCUACGCGCAAGGAUUCGGUCGCGACUGUGGAUACUACGGACCGAACAAAGAUGCCUAAGAAACAUAAAUCAUCCCAUAGCGAGAGCUAUCGAGACAGGAAGGAACGAUCCAAAUACGAGAGCAAAACGGAUGACAAGGAUCUCAGACACUCUACAAAGCAUUCGAAGCAUGAGUUGAGGAACUUGAAGCAGGAAGAUAGUAAAAAUUCGCACAAAGACCACAGGGAAAACAGGUCUGGAUUCGCCACGAACGACAGAGGCUCCAGAAAUUCCAACGGAGGUGACGCGAGGGAGAGAUCGCGUGAUUCGAAACGGCAAUCGGACAGGGAUCGAAGUGUCCACCGGAUGCAACGCUCGCGGGAACAUUCGUACGAGAGGAACCAUCACGACGAGCGAACAUCGAGCGAUAAGCACCGAGGUCGAUAUCACGAAAGGCACAAGCAUCGUUCUCGCGACAGGAGUCGAGAUAGAUCUCAUCAGUCCAGUAGAGUCAAGUCCUCGAAUGACGAUUAUCGGUCUCGAGAGGAUCACGGGAGGCACGACUCUUCCAGGAAGCUAUCGAAGGAGAACAGGUCACAAAAUUCAAGGGACUAUUCCUCGCCUAAGAACACCGAGCGAGAGCGCAGUCACAGUGAGACUCGCUCGAGCGAGAAUACUAAGAAGGAUUCGUCGAUAGAGGCUCAAGACUGCAAGGAUUUGGAUCUGUCGCAAUUCGACGUUCUAUCGGAGACCGAUGAGAACAUGUCCGACAGUCGGGAUUCCGAGAGCCGAACGUCGUCUCCACACUCGCGUAAGAUCAAGCUGAAAAGACACGAUUCCGAAAUCCGGUCGGAAAGUUAUGCUAAGCGAAAGAACGACGACGAAGCCAGCACGAGAAAACGGCGGGAGGAAUUAAAGGUAAAAAAAAGGAGUUAUGAUCCGGCAUCUAGUUCCAGUAAUAAUAAUCCUAGUGCCGUUUCAGAUUCCUUACUCAACUCCGCAUCGCACACGACGAGAGAGGCUCGUAUGGACUCUGAGAGAGAAAAGUCUGAGUAUCGUGAAGAGGAAAGAAUGCUUAUUUGUGAUAGUAAUGUCGAACGUUCGAACUCGAGAGAGAGAUAUUUGCGCUCUAAUGCUUCUUUGGACGAGACACGAUUAUUCGAAAAGAAUCUAGAUCAAGCCGGAUCCACGUACGGUCCGCUUUUACCACCAAGAUUCGCAUUUAAUGCGUCCGACGGUAAUAAACUUGAUUCCGAGAUAAAUAUUCUCGACGAAGAUAAAAUUAACGACGAGGUCGAUGAAAAAAAUAUGAAUUUUAUUGGAUCUCGUUUGCUACCUCAGUUAAACGAUCGUCAAAGCAUAGAGCAAGAAGAUGCAGCGGAUGCUGUUUUCGGGCCAGCACUGCCACCACAUUUGUUACAACGACAACGAGAGAAAGAUUCGCUGGAUAGAAUUAUCGGCCCUAUGCUACCUGACGUUCUGAAAUCGCGUGAGGAAGGUUUGAUCGCAUCUCCGAAAUCCGAUGAUGAUUCUGCAAUAGGUCCUCUACCUGUGGAUCAUCCAGCUCUGAGAACUAGCCGCGUACACGAGCAAUUAGAUUUAAGAGCACAAAGAAUUAGGAAUGAAAAAUAUUCGGAAGAGAUGGAUAUUGGAAAUAAACAUGAGGAAUGGAUGACCGAGUUACCACCCGCUCAAGCUACUAAUCUUGGAUUAGGCCCGCGCAAAUUCAGGCUUCGAGAUGGUCCAGAUAUGUCGGAUAGAUCAAGUUGGACUGAUACACCAGCACAAAAAGCUCGGAAGCAGAUGGACUUGGAAGCAAAAAGAUUCAAAGAAUCAGAGAAAAAACAUGUAAAUGAAUAUCACAAGGAAGUAGAUAAAAGCAGAAAACAUGAGAAAUCGUUACUAGAAAUGCACCAAAGCAAAAUUGCCAAGAAAAAAAAGAAAGAGGAAAAGGAAGCAAGAAGGACUGGAAUAUCAACGAGAAGGCCAUUUGAUAGAGAUAUCGAUUUGCAAGUCAAUCGAUUUGAUCAAGCACAAAAGAAGACUAUUCUGAUGAAAGCGCAGUUGCUCGACGAUAGGUUCUCACGUGGGCAAAUUUAACGGGUUCGAGUUUUUAUGGGGAUAAAAUUAUAGUAACUGUAAAUAAUUUCAAAUUGUAAAGGGAAUUAUAUUCUGUAUUAAAUACAUUGAUUCGCAAGUUGAUCGAUUUGAUCAGGUAGAAAGAAAGACUAUUGAUGAAAGUACAGUGGCUCGCGGCAAUAGAUUCUCGCAUAGACAAAACGGGUUUGAAUUCUUACGGGGAUAAAAUUACGGUAAUUGUAAAUAAUUGUUAAUGAAGCUUACAUUCUACAUUAAAUUAGGGCUUUAAUUUUAUU